GCACCACUGCAACGCCUCUUUCACGUCCAGGUGUCCCGGUAGGUGUCCCAGACCCAGACCUGCACUCACUCAGUCAGUCGGUCAGUCAGUCAAGUCAAGUCACUUGAUUUCCCCAGCUCCUUCAUUUUUGCCUCCUUACCUUCUGUCAAUCCACCGUUCGCUGUCUUCUACAUAAUUCCCCCGGUAUUAUGCUCGACUUGGUCGGAAUCUCCUGUGUUGUCGCCGUCGUCCAAGCCGUUAGCCAUGGACGACCCAAGCCCCGCGGAACGCGCCACGAUACCGUGUUGCUGCGGUCAGAGAGGCUGCCCAAUACUACAGAAGAACGCCCGUACGGUCGAUAGUCUUGAAAGAGACGUGAAGCAAGCUGCAAGCAAAGGCCAGGCCCUCUUAGUUCGCCACGAAGCUUACAUGCUGGACGCCGAACGCGAACGUACCGAUAUGGCAGCCUGUAUCGAGAGGCUGGAGCAGCAGAAGUUGAGCCUAGAGAUUGCAAACACAAAGACUAUACAAGAAAACAGGGAGCUUUUGAACCAGCUUGAGGAACUCAACGAUGCAUUGGCCGAGUCAGAAACACAAGUCAAGAGCUUGACUGCUACUCUGGAGUCCACUCAACUCGAAUUGAAACGCCUCUCAAUCCUCGCAGCACGAACAGAAAGCUUGGAACGUCAGCUCGCCGACCUUGAGAAUGAGCAAGCCAUACUGCAUGAAAAAGUAGCUCAUACAGACGAGGAGAAGAUUAGUGCAAUCCACAGGUGGCAACAGGCCGAGCGAACGAUCGCACACCUGCAGGACCAGCUUGACCAGAUCGAACGUGAGGCAAAAGAGGAGCGUGAGCGCCAUAUCGAAGUAGUGGGUCGUAUGGAGAGAAGGCGUGCUGUAGAGCGAGAGCUCGAAACUGCUGCAGGACGUCUCAAGGGAGCGGCAGCCAUGAAGACUACUGGCGAGAAGAAUGGGACUAAUGUGGUGUCCCAUUUCGUGAAGGAUAUUCUUCAAGACAACGCCAACCUCCAACUGGGUAUCGUGGAACUGCGGGAGAUGCUCACAAACUCAAACGAAGAAGUAGAGCGCCUGAGAGAGCAAGUCGUUCUACACCAACCUAUGCAGGAUGAAAGUAGAGUUACAACGCCUACGCCGACCUUGGAGAAAGAACUCCAGCUCGACAAGAGCCCUGAGCUACAUCUUCACGUCCAUCAUCAUGUCCAGCGACGCGUCAAGAAGACUAAUAGGAAGUCGAUCACCCCGGCACAUUUCCAGUCACCUGCGUCACAUGCCUCGACGCCGUCGAGUGCAUCUCGCGCUUCGAUAUCGCGCUUGACCCCCAAGAACAUACAAUCUUCCACAGCCAUCUUACAGCAUACCGCCGUGACGAUACCCCAUUCAACCCACACCAACCGUUGGUCUAUGCAGUCCAAUCAAACUGGGACAUCAUACGCUUCUUCAGUACCAGGUUCGCCAUAUACACAUUCCCGACGCCCGUCCUCCCUCUUUGAUCGCGUCUUCAGCGAAGCAGCGUACGACUCCUCCCGACCGACAAGUCCAGCAAGUUCAACCUUUCCUUCACCUGAGAUGACCCCUACGAAACUACCACCUAUCCCAAAUGAAGCUCUCGACGAUCCCGAAUUAGAGGUCCCUAAACCCUCCAAACCUCAGAAGAAAUCAAAGACGCCUACAACCCGGAAUUUCUCCUCACCCUUUCCUAUCCGUACCAUUUCGGCACCCACUGCAAGCCUCGCCAAACCCACUGUAUCCCAAUUUUCGACUUCCGCAGAACCUCAAAUCGCAAACACGACCAUACUCGAGGAGACCGAACACGAGCAAGAGGACGGCCAUCCUGGCGCGGGGUCUACCUCGAAUGUACCAAUCACAGCACGCGACUCUUCCUCUUCCACCGAUCUCGAACACGAAUCCGAAGAUGUCUUACCUGAUUAUUUUUCGCCUUCGUACACACGCGUCCGACGCGGCUCAUCAGACUCCAUCUCUGUCGCCGGUAUGGACAUCCACAUCGCACACCGGCCAUCGCAUCACCUACUCUCUACAAGUGCAGCCGCCAGUUCGAGCGGUGGCGCUAUGCUGAGCGCACAUUUCGCGCAUGCCAAAAUCUCAUCUGCGCGUUUGCGUGGUCAGGACAGCCGUGCCCUGCUAAGCACAAUGCACCGUAUGCCAUCCGCGAGCGGGAGCACGCUAAAAAGCAGAGCAAGUAGCACGACACUAAGCCAGAAAUUCGGUGGAUGGAUAAAGGGGACAUGGGGGAAUACGCCAUUGACGUCGUCUUCAAAUACACUAUAUCCAGACGCACUCAGGUCACCAGCGAGCUCGGCAUCGGGGACAAAUUCCGAGGUUUCAAGUCUACACACGACGCUGGAUGGUGGAAAGGACAUUGCGCGCAAGACGAAGGAGAAGGAGAAGGAAAAGGAGAAAGAGAAGAAUGCCGCGGCGACGGUACGAGCACGCACGUUCCGCAUGCGAGCACCUGGCGUGAAUCAGGCAGGGCCGAUCUGGGGCUUCGGACCUGAGCCGGAGACGCCAUAUCAGUUGACAGUCGAGAACGUCGAUGUGGAUGCGCUUGGGGACGCAUUGAGAGAAUAAUGAUGGAACGGACUGCCACUACGUUUCCUUUUUUGUGUGUGUGUAUUUCCGUUUGGAGCCAGAAGGGCUUUACAGCAGGUCAUGAUUGAUACCCCCACCCCCUCUCCUUUCGCCUAGAUAUACGCGAAGACAGCGACUUUUCCCCUAUGUAUAUUCGCUAGUUAUCAAUACCCUGCCUACCUAGCAUUCAUCUUUCCAGCGAGGUAGAUGUGUCUCUUUUGUCUUUUCGAUGCGCAUAGUAUGGUGUUACACAUGGGUGGAUAUAGAUUGGGAUAAUAUGUUUACACCCUGUGAACAACGGCACGUUUUAUUAUAUAUAUAUAUACAUGCUGCGGACGGCUCUGAGGGGAUCAUGACGGUCAUAUAUUGGAAGUUGCGGUAGCAAUAGCAGCCUAGGAAAGAAGGCUUUCGCUCAUUGUGCAGACGUAUCUAC